AUUGAUAUUCAUACUCAACAAUGGCCAAAAACGACUUGCAUUCAAUCGAGAAGAAGACCAAAUCAAUGUAAUAUUCCACGAAAUGAUGAUUGGACAAUACAUGGAAUUUGGCCGAGUAAAACGCUUCAAAGAGGUCCUGAGGCAUGUCGACCAGAUUUGCCAUUUCGAGUAAAUGAAUUGCGAACAAUAAGAAGUCAAUUAAUACGGCGAUGGAUUAAUGUUUUGAAUAAUAAUCCAGAGGGAUUUUGGAAGCACGAAUGGGAAAAGCAUGGCACAUGCUCCGUUGAUUUAGCCGAUUUAAAUACACAAUUGAAAUAUUUUUCUAAAGCAGUUGAAUGGAAUACUCGAUUUAGAAUUAAUAAUUAUCUUUCAAGAGGACGUAUAACACCUGGUAGAAGUUAUCCCAUAAGAGAUAUUUUGAGAGCUAUUAAUACGGGUCUGAGAGUUUCACCUCAAGUCACUUGUAUUAAAGAUUCUGCCAAUAAACAAUACUUGCAUGAAGUAAGAAUCUGUUUUGACAAAAAUUUGAGAGCAAUGAGCUGCAGAGGACAUUUGCCAUUUGAAACUAAUUGCGAUUCGGCAACAAAUGUUGAAUAUCCAAGUCGAUAAUAAUAAAAAUGGAGGAAAUAAUUAAAAUAGUUUUUCUAGGGGGAAAAAUUUAUCCAUCAAAUUAUUUUUCUAUUUAAAUUCAUUUAUGUGCCAUAAAAUUGUAAAUUUCAAUUUAA